AUGCAACUCCUCCACCUCACAGCCCUCCUCCUGGCAACCUCCACCUACGCCCAGGAUAACAACAACAAUGGCAACGCAAUCGACUCCCUAGUCUCCGCAGCCAACAACGUCGCCUCCGACGGCCAAAACGUCGCCUCCAACGUCGUCGCCGACGCUACCUCCAUCGCCUCCGCCUUCGAAACCGGCGGCGCGGCAGCCGUCUCCUCCCUCACCUCCGACGCCGCCUCCGCAGCCUCAAACGUCCAGUCCUGGGCGACCUCCGUCGCGUCCGACGCGCAGUCCCGCGCUUCCGAUGCUGCCAGCAAGGCUUCUUCGGCCUGGAGCGAGGAAUUGACUACCCUCACCGGAACGAACGGGACACCGACGGCGACGGAGACGAGGUCCGUUAGUCAGACUACCAGUUCAACCACUGCGACGAUCACGGAUACUACGACCUCCACGAGCGGGUCGUUGACGACCACCAUGACCCGUACGAGCACUAGUGCCGGUGCGGCGACCACGUCGACCUCGACGUCUCAGGGCGCGGGUGCGCAGGCUACCCCGUUCCUUGGGGCUGGGAUUGCAGGUGUUGCUGGUGUCUUGGGUGUUAUGGCUGCCCUGUAG